AUGAGGACCCUUUUUGGCUGCCUUCAUUUCUACUUCAUUCCUUUCUUACUCAGCAGAGCACAUGGACUCCUAACGUGGAGAACACCUCCAGCUUUCCUGGUUUAUAACUACUCCUAUUCAAAUCUCUCCUCUGUCUCAGAAGCACAAGCUCCAAAAACAGCAAGAGCUCUCAAUUUCUCACACAAUGCCAUUGAAAAAAUUACCCAGAGAGACUUAGAAGGAUUUGACUGGCUGGAAGUUCUGGACUUUUCCUACAAUCGGAUCAGGGCUGUUGAGCCUGGAGCCUUCCAGAGUCUGCUCAGCCUGGUUUCUGUGGAUUUAUCAUUUAAUGAUGAGAAGCUGCUUCUGUCAGAUCUCCCACCCCACCUGAAGGUCUCACCUGCUGGCAAAACUCCGAGGUCUUUGCAGCUUUCCAAGAAUUCUGCCACAUCCUCGGGGGCUGUUCUGGAGCCUUCUGCUCCCACUGAGGAGCUGCCACGUUCUGGAGUUCUGUCCCUCCUGCAAAUCCUCAGGCCCAGGCUCAGGAGAAGCACAGGGAAUCUGCUCCGGAGGGGGGAGAGGAACACAACAGCUCUUCCUACAGCCACAGCUGAGCCCACCCUCUGUGGAAUUCCCAUCAAUGGGACACUCAACCUGUCCCACAGCAACCUCUCCCAGGAGGAGCUGAUGUUAAAACUGGAUGAGGAUCUCUGCCAAGCCCAGCUGGGCAGGAUUUUGGAGCUUGACAUCAGUCACAACAACAUAGAAUGGGAUCUUCUGUCACUGUUUUCCCUGUUCUUCCCAAUGGAAAACACGCUGUCCAUCGAUGCCAGCUUCAACAAGUUAACCAUUAACAUCCUGGAUGCCGAGUUCUUCUGUAAGUUCCCAUCCCACCAGCUUUUGUUCCUAAACAUCAGCCACAACCCCAUCAACAACCUAGACAGGCUGUGCCUCCCUUCCAGCAUCAAGGAAAUUGAUUUGUCCUUCACCAACAUCAGCCAAAUACCCCCGAAUUUUGCUCCAAAAUUGUUUAACUUGGAAAAAAUGCAUGUUCAAGGAAACCAUUUCAUCUACACAGCAUUCUCAGAAAGCGGGAAUACACUUCCAAAAUGUGUCCCUCCCCCUGGAACUGUACAUAUCACUGCCAUCUCCUUCGUCAGGAACCAGGCUGGGACACCCAUUGAAAGCCUUCCUGAGAAACUGAAAUACCUGGGAAUGUCCAACUGCUCCAUUGUGGAACUGCCAGAGUGGUUUGCUGACACAGUGGAAGAACUGUUAUUUCUGGACAUCAGCAGCAACUACAUUUCUGUAUUCCCCACUUUCCCCCCUACCCUGCAGCAGCUCGACAUCAGCAACAACGACAUCAGAGUCAUUGACCCCAGCCUGAAAUCCCUCUCCAACUUAACAAUAUUUAGGAUUCAAAAUAACAAAAUUACGGAUAUACAAACAGAGUAUUUUCCAUCAGCCUUAAAAGAAUGUGAUUUUAGUAAAAACAAGGUGAAAGUGCUGUCCUUAACUUCUGCCCUGGGGAAGCUGGAACAUCUCAAUGUUUCUGGGAACCUGAUCACACGUCUGGAGCCUGCUGGCCACCUUCCUGCACUGACCAGCCUGGACAGCAGCCACAACCUGAUCCCAGAGCUGCCCGAUAGCUUUGGGGAAUCCCUCUCAGGACUGAAGUAUUUGAAUCUAUCAGGGAAUAAGAUCUCUUUCCUGCAGCCUGGCUCUCUCCCAGCUUCUCUGGUUGAGCUGGACAUCAGUGACAACGCCAUCACCACCAUCGUGGAGGCCACGUUUGGCCCUCUGACGAGCCUCAGGGUUCUCACUGUGCAAGGGGAGCAUUUUUUCUGUACCUGUGACCUGUACUGGUUUGUGAAUGUCUACAUCCACAAGCCCCAGCUGGAGAUGAGGGGCAGGGGGGCUGUGAGGUGCAGCUUCCCCCCGGAGCGCCGGGGCUCCCUGGUGGGCAGCAGCCACCUGACUCUGCUGCGCUGCUCCCUGGGUGUCCAGCUGGCCGUGACUGCUGGAGCUGCUGGCCUGGCUGUGCUGGCCCUCACCAUGCUCUGCUGGCGGCUGGAUGGGCCCUGGUACAUCAGGAUGGGCUGGUACUGGUGCAUGGCCAAGAGGAAGCAGUAUGAGAAGAGGCCAGAAAACAAACUCUUCGACGCCUUCAUCUCCUACAGCGAGCACGACGCCGGCUGGACCAAAGAGAACCUGCUGGAAAAGCUGGAAAAGGACGGGUUCAGGAUAUGUUACCAUGAGAGGGAUUUCAAACCAGGGCAUCCUGUGCUUGGGAACAUUUUUUACUGCAUAGAGAACAGCCAUAAAGUGCUUUUUGUUCUCUCUCCCAGCUUUGUGAACAGCUGCUGGUGCCAGUAUGAGCUGUAUUUUGCCGAACACCGGGUCCUGAAUGAAAACUUGGAUUCCCUCAUCAUGAUCGUGCUGGAAGAUCUCCCACCCCACAGCGUCCCACAGAAAUUCAGCAAACUCAGGAAACUGCUGAGAAGGAAAACCUACUUGAAGUGGAGCCCUGAGGAACACAAGCAGAAAAUGUUCUGGCAUCAGCUAAAAGCUGUCCUAAAAACAACCAACGAGCCGCUCUUGAGAGCGGAGAACGGAUCCGCUCUGGAAAUGCAGGAGCUGGAAUGAGACCCAGGGAACCCUGAGAGCUGUGCUUGGAAAGCCUGUGCUCAGAUAAAAGCAUUUACCUCCUGCAGAGGCUGCUGUGAUGCCCAGGGGUUUGG